CAUCUCGGAGGAUGCGGCGCGGCAGCGCUGCUGGGACACGCGCAAGGUGAACGCGGGGGCUGCCUGCGCGACGCCCAGGCUUAUCCAGUGAAGACUGGAAGUUGAGGGUUCUAGGCCCAGGCAUCAGAGUGGAUCAUGGCCCCCAGCCUGUGGUGCCAUGUAUGUGGCCUCCUGCAGCUAUUGCUGCUGCUGUCCCUGGGGGCUGGCCCUAUUCUGGGAAGGGGCCUUCCCAGGCUACAGGAGGACUCGGAACCACACCUGAGCCCAGGAGCCCACCCCAAGGGCCCUGUUGUCACAGAGCCCAAAGCCUUCAACUUCCUCUGGGAGAAGCCUAGAGAUGAGAGCCCUUGGAACUUCAGUGUCCCCCAAGUCCCUGCUGAGGAGGUGCCUGAGAGGAUCGAAGACUCUCCCCUUGGCCCAGCGCUGCAUGGACCUAAAGCAGCCCAGGGAGCUCAGAGAGAAGGACUCCCAGUAACUGAUGACUUCCAGGUGGCUCAAGGGCCAAGUUCUCAGGGCUGGACAGGACCUCCUGACUCACAGGAGCUUCUGGAACAAGAUGCACCAGCACCCCACCCAGUGGGGCCCCCCCACCUCACUUUCAUCCCCACAACUCCCAGACUCCAACUCAGGGCAGCCACAGUUCCUCCCUCCUCAGGGGAGCCUGGAGGCCAACUGGGACAGCAACCACUUAGAGAUGAGGGUCUGGUUGCCGAAGGCAAGACCAGGGUCUCAGAGACAUUCCCCUCAGCCCACCAGGGUCCUCCCCACACUCUCGUACCCCACCCGGGCACUGUAAGGAGGCCAGUGCUGGACGAACAGGGUGGGGGUGAGAAAAACCUCCUGGAGGCAGCUCAGGGCCCCCUCUUCACCCAGCAGGAUCCAGCAGCCUCUGAGAUUGGCUCAGUAUCCCCAGUGGAGGUGGCAUCCACUCAGGAGCCUGGGUUCCAGCCAGACCUGGCAUUGGCCAGAAGUAUUCCUCCUGCCAAGAAGCUGCCAGCUGAGCCCCCCAAGAAGGCUGGAGGUGGGGAGACCUGGGCAGUCAGUUUUCCUAGUCCCUCACCGAAGCAGGCCGACUUCCUUGAUGUUCAGGGUUCACCAGGACCCCAACCUUCUGGUCCUCCAGCCUCAGAGAUUCCUGAUGGGCAGCCCAAGCCAGAAAUAGCAACAAUGAAUGGAGCAGACCCCAUCUCCCCCCAGCGGGUGAGAGGAGCAGUGGAAGCCCCAGGUACCCCCAAGUCCCUCAUCCCUGGCCCCUUGGACCCUGGCCCAGCUACAAAUCGAACAGAGAGCCCUGUGGGGGCCCUGCAGCCAGAUGAAGCCGAGGACUGGCCGCGGCGCCCCCAAAGCCAUCCCCCAGCACCCCCAGUCCAGGCCCCCUCGACGUCACGCCGGGGCCUCAUUCGGGUCACCACGCAGCGCGCCCUAGGACAGCCACCCCCUCCGGAGCCCUCAGCCAGCUCCAUGGCAUCAGCCCCAGCCUCUAGCCCUCCCGCCAACGCCACCGCACCCCCCUUGCGCUGGGGUCCCCUUCGGCGGGUACUGAGCUUUUCCUGGGAGCUGCACGUAUACGGCGUGGGGGUGCUCUUUCUGCUGCCGGCGUUGCUGGCAAUGGCCUCUCUGGCAGCCGCCCCUGCGGGGCCCUGGCUGGCGCUGGUGGCGGCAGUGCUGGUGCUCCUAGCAUCGGGGCUGCGAUCUGCCUACAUGCUUGCGGACCCAUACGGCUCGCAGGCGCGGCUGGGUUUACGCGCGGGCCUGGUGCUCUACAACCUACCCUUCCCCUUGCUGCUCACUGCGCUGGCGGCCCUGACCCUGCUUGGCCUGGGUGGCGGGCUGCCACAGCAACUUCAGAACCCGCUUCUGUUGGGAGUAGUGGCGUUGGCGCACGGCGUGGGGUUACUCGUUACAGACCUGCUGUCGGCGAAGCCGGCUCUCAACCUCCUGGCUCAAGGUUUCUCCUGCGCCUGGGGCGCAGCCGUGGCUCUGGGCACUCUCUGCCUGUGCCGUCGCCGCCUGCUGGAUGGGCCGCGGGGCUGGGAUGCCAGUCCCGGCCCGCGGCUGCUAGCGGUGGCGGGCGCACUGGGGCUGCUGGCCAGCGGCUUACAGCUGGCGGCCGCGCUCUGGCUGUACCCGGGCCCAGGCCGCGUGAGCCGCUUCUCAUGGGCCUGGUGGGGAGUCCAUUUUUGGUUGCGCCUGCUGGAACUGACAUGGGCUCUCGCCUUGGCGCUGGCAGCUGUAACCGCCGCGCGACCCAGGCCGCCCACGGAGCAUGCGUGCUGGGCUAAGCUGCUGCGCCUGGCGUGUCCCGCGCCCUCGGGCAAAAGCGAGGUGCCAGAGCGACCGAACAACUGCUAUGCAGGGCCCAGUAGCGUCGGUGCAGGCAGCCUGGACAUCAGCAAGAGCCUCAUCCGCAACCCCGCGGAGGGGGGGCCGCCUGCCACGCCCACUCCAGGCGCCUGGGGCUCGGCUGCGUCGCUGGGCCGCGGUCCCCAGGAUGGCCAGGGACUCUCACGUAGCAGCGUGGGGCCCGCGCCGUCGAUGAGUGAGCUGGACCUGCGGCCGCCUUCACCUAUCAACCUGAGCCGCAGCAUCGACGCCGCGCUCUUCCGAGAGCACUUGGUGCGAGACAGCGUGUUCCGACGCUGCGGCCUGCGCGGCCUGGCCUCCCCGCCGCCUGGGGGCGCGCUGCGGCCGCGCCGGGGCAGCCACCCCGACGCGGAGUUCGAAGGCGCGGGUUCUUCUCUUCUCCGUGGCCGCUGCCGGUCGCUCAGCGACGUACGCGUGCGCGGGCCGGUCCCACCACAUGUAGUGGACGAGCCUGAGCGGGUGGCUUCUGGUAGCUCCAUGGACAGCUUCUCCCGGGGCUCACUCAAAAUCAGCUGGAACCCGUGGCGCCACGGGUUGUCGUCGGUGGACAGUCUGCCCCUAGAUGAGCUGCCCAGCACGGUGCAACUACUGCCUGCCCCUGUUCCGGCUCCCACCCGGCCCGGGGAACCCCUGAGUGAGGUCCAGCCUCGCUGCAAGCCAGGGGACUCCCGUAGUGCUUCCAGUGACACCAUUGAGCUCUGAGCCGGCCCCACGCUGCUGCAGGACCAAGGCCCGACCCUCGGUGGCCGGUGGCCAAAUGGCAUGGCCAAUUGGGACAGUUGAGCAUUUGAAAAACUGGCAUCCUGGGGCCUCAACCUGAUUGUAGUCCCCAGAGACAGCCAAAAGUGAACCCUCCCACCCA